GAUAUCGAACGGAAUUCAGACCCGCCUCCCUCUCUCUUCUCUAUAAUUUCACACCCCCCCACCCACCCCCCUCUCCCCUCUGCGAUUCUCUCUUUCCCUCUCUCUCCGACAAUGGGAUCGACGAUUCCCGAAAACCUUACGCGAGACCAGUACGUGUUUCUGGCGAAGCUGUCCGAGCAAGCCGAGCGUUAUGAGGAAAUGGUCCAGUUCAUGCAGAAGCUGGUGCUCGGCUCGACACCGGCAUCGGAGCUCUCCGUUGAAGAGCGGAACCUGCUCUCCGUGGCCUACAAGAACGUCAUCGGCUCUCUCCGAGCCGCGUGGCGUAUCGUCUCCUCGAUAGAACAGAAAGAGGAGGGGCGGAAGAACGAGGAACACGUUACCCUAGUCAAAGACUAUAGAUCCAAGGUUGAGUCCGAGCUCUCCCAGGUCUGCGACAGCAUUCUCGGGCUCCUCGACUCCAAUCUCGUGCCCUCGGCCUCCGCCAGCGAGUCCAAGGUCUUCUAUUUGAAGAUGAAGGGGGAUUACCAUCGCUACUUGGCCGAGUUCAAGUCCGGGGAUGAGAGGAAAGCCGCUGCUGAGGAUACCAUGCUCUCGUACAAGGCUGCUCAGGAUGUUGCGGCCGCGGAUCUUGCUCCAACGCAUCCGAUCAGGUUGGGUCUAGCGCUCAAUUUCUCUGUUUUCUACUUCGAGAUUCUCAAUCAGUCAGAUAAAGCGUGUAACAUGGCUAAACAGGCAUUCGAGGAAGCCAUUGCUGAGCUAGACACUUUGGGAGAAGAAUCAUACAAGGACAGCACUCUCAUUAUGCAACUUUUAAGGGACAACCUAACACUUUGGACUUCUGAUGCACAGGACCAGUUAGACGAGCCAUAGAACAAGGAAUUGUAAGGUUGAUGGUUGAUGGUCCUAUUCUUCUUCUGGAGGAGGUGGUUGCUUGGAAUGUCAUUUGUGUGCUGAUUAAAAAAUGUGUAAUAUAUGGAAGACUCUGGGUAUCAACCCAUAUCAUGUGUCUUAAACAUUCAAAACCUAAACUUGUUCUUAAGAUUUUUGCAAUUGGUAUGGAAAGGGUAGAUUUCAAGAGUA